AUGGCGAGUCUAUCCGCAAGUGAGACGGAAUUCCUAGCGGAGCAAGAGCUUAUCGUCAUUAUGCCACACUUCCAUCUGCGUGAAAAUAGUGGUAUGCUGAACUUCAUUAGCGGAGAUUUUGGACCCUUUCAACCAGGUAUUACUACACACGUACCGCUAUGGCUCGCCAUUAUGCUCAAAAAGCUCAACAAGUGUCGAAUAUUGGCGCCGUCGUGGCUUUCAGUUGAUUAUCUGACGUCGCGACUGGAACGUGAAAAGUCGAGUGAAGUGUUUGAGGAACUGCCUUUCCACUACUUGGAGAUUGCGUCAUUGCUGCUAAAAAAUGCAUCAGAAGAUUUGGACCAGAGUGAACACAUCCGUUCAUUGCUGGAAGACUUGCAGAAUGUACGACAGGAUAAAAUUCGCAACGGUCUGGCUAAGAUUGCGGGUGAUGUUCAGGGCGGUGAAACUGCAUUUGUCAUUCAGAUGAACAAUAUUUCCGCUCUAGAAAUCAACUCGAUCCGCGAGUUUAUGCUUGGGUCCUUAAAUCAGUUUUACCGUCUUUCACGACUCACUUCAGGAGCUGGCGAGGGAGAUUUCCAGUCUCAGUCCGAGUCACAGAGCCAGGGUUACUCAGAGCCUUCGUCGGCGGAAGCCCCUUCAGCACGUCGGCUUCGACGGCAUCGAGGUUAG